AUGGGCGAUCGCUCGCAUCUUGGAUGGGCCCCUGUUAAUCUUGUAACAAUGCAGGGCUUUCGUUCUCGUGGCGUCGGCAGAGCUCCGGGCGAUAUGGAUACGCAGGAACGGAGGCACAUCGUCAUUGUUGGCGGUGGCAUCAUCGGAUGCACGACGGCCUACUACAUAACUCGCCAUCCCAAGUUCAACCCCGCACUGCAUACCGUUACCCUCCUCGAGGCUACUGAGAUUGCUGCCGGUGCUUCGGGCAAGGCAGGUGGCCUGCUCGCUCUAUGGGCUUACCCGGACUGCCUAGUACCUUUAUCCUAUCGUUUGCACAAAGAACUGGCCGCCGAGCAUGACGGCGAGAAGAAAUGGGGCUAUCGACGCGGUCUGGGUUGCGGGAGUGUCUAUGCUGUUGUCAAGGCCGCCGACCUGAAAGAGAGGAAGCGCAAGCGGGUACCUACACCUCCUUCACGACCGAACAAUGAUGAUGGUAAUGGAAAGCUUUCCCUGGAGAGCGUUGCGCAACUCGAGGAAAAGGGCAAGUAUUGGGAGAAGUUGCCCAAGCAAGACGAAGCCGCAGCGAAGUUGCUCAAGGACUCGCCCCUCCCACCAGAUCUUGACUGGAUUGAGGGCCGACUAGUGACACAUUACGAAGAGAUGGGAACCCCAGGGGUAACGGAAACAGCUCAAGUACACCCCCGGUACUUCACCCAAACGAUCGCAGAGCUCGCAAAGCAAGCUGGUGUUGACAUCCGAGAAGGAGCAAAGGUUAUGAAGAUUGGUGAGGUUGAGAGUGAGAGCGAGGGCGAGGAAAAUGCAGAGGGCCAGACAAAUACAAAAGGCACGAUUGCGAAAGGGAAGCGAGUCCAGAGUGUCGAGUACGAAGACCGAGCUACCAACGAAAUCCGCACCAUCGACGAUGUAACAGACGUAGUCGUCACUGCCGGACCUUGGACGGGAAAACUUUUGCCACAGACUCAGAUUGGCAACAUCCGCGCACACAGCGUUGUCUUCGAAGCCGACGUCAGCCCGUAUGCCGUUUUUACCAGCAUUCAGCUUCCUGCAAAGUGGGUUCCUGAGCACAUGGCCGCAAGGGGAGAACGACGGCGCCAUGGACGACAUGUAGAUCCCGAGGUGUAUGCACGUCCUGGGAAAGAAGUGUAUGCCUGUGGUGAAACCGACAACGAUGUUCCUCUUCCCCCUACUGCCGAGGAAGUCGAAACCGACCUGUCCCGGUGCGAAGACAUCAUCGCCUACAUCGGGACGAUCUCGCCACAACUGGCUUCUGCACCAGUGAAGACCCGCCAGGCGUGCUACUUACCGCUACACAAGCGUGACGGUGAAGAAACUGGUCCUCUCAUCGGCCCAAUGGCAACAAAAGGCCUGUGGGUUGCUGCUGGCCAUUCUUGUUGGGGUAUCCAAAAUGGGCCUGGUACCGGUUAUCUGAUGGCAAGAAUGCUCUUUGGAGACGAGGUUGACGAGAGUGUGGCUCAAUUGGGGCCGAAGAAGUACAACAUUUGA